AUGGUCGCAUUUGCUGACCUUUCACUCUCCUUUCUUUAUGGCCUUUCAGGCUUUACAACACGCGAUGCUUCUUCAGAAUCUCAUGUCGUUCGAAGUGCUGUUUGUGAGCAGAUCGCAGCCCAAGUCUCGUCGAGCUCCAUAGUGUAUUAUCCCGGCUCGUACCAAUAUUUUAAGGACAAUUAUCACUGGUCUACAUCUAGUACUCAGGACUCUGAAUGUACCUUUGAGCCUGCAACAGCUGACGAUGUUGGAAUCGCGCUUCGAAUCCUAGGAGAGACCCAGACACCAUUUGGAAUUAAAAGUGGAGGACACGCCGCAAAUGCAGGCUUCUCUUCGACGCCAGGCGUCCAGAUUGCGAUGUAUUCCUUCUCGGAUGUCGAGUACAAUUCGACCACACAAACAGCAACUGUCGGCACGGGUUUAUUAUGGGACGAUGUUUAUGUUGCAUUGCAACCAUAUAACGUGACCGUCGUAGGCGCCAAGGUCACAGCCAUUGGAGUCGGAGGCGUUGUUUUGGGUGGAGGAUAUUCGUAUUUGACUAAUCAACAUGGUCUGGGCUUCGACAAUGUCAUAUCCUUCGAACUUGUUUUACCCAAUGGGACAGUGACUGAUAUCUCAGAUUCUACAAAUCCAGAUCUGUUCUUUGCGUUGCGGGGGGGAUUCAAUAACUAUGGUAUCGUGACGAGGGUUACUGUCAAAACAUAUCCUCAGUCUCUAGUCUGGGGCGGACGUGUCUCGUAUACGCAUGACCAAUGGGAAGGCGCAAGCUCAGCUAUGGCCAACUACUGGGCAACCGUCAAAGAUCCAAAGGCAUCCAUAUACAACACUUAUAACUAUGUAUCUGGAGUGGCAGAAGUAUCAGUUAUCGUCUUUUAUGAUGCUCCAACGUGCCCUGAUGGGAUAUUCGAUGACUUCAUGACAGCUCCUCACAUCGAAUCGGACAUUGGUACCAGAUCUUACGUCAAUCUCGUCCAGUCUCUUCCCUUAAACCUUACUUCUGGGCUUCGAUCCGUGUUUCAUUGGGUGGCAAUGGAAGAGGUUACACAGCCUGCAUUGGACAUGAUUGCAAACGAGACGAUGUUCUGGGGCGAAUAUCUGACAGACUACAGUGCUCGAGUUGUCUCGAAUGACGUGGACAUCUACCUGCCUACGCUCUACGACCAUGUCGAUUCGCCGACCGCAUACCCAUCGACACGGAGUAAAGGCUACUCGUUCAUCGAAUUAUACUACGGUUGGACGGAUGCCAAGUAUGACGACAUUGUGCUCAACGCUGUCAAUGCAAGUGCCCAGCAUAUGAUAGAUGCACUCACGGCUCUUGGCCAGGACGUCGCAAAUGUUGACGUGUACCCCAACAACGCACCUCCUGACACAAGCUUAGAGAGGAUGUACGGUGACAACGUACCUCGCUUGAAAGAUAUCAAGAAGACCGUCGAUCCGGAUAAUAUAAUGGGAUUGUCGGGCGGUUGGAAAUUCUAG